AUGCGCGCCGCACUACUACUUCUCCUAAUAAGCCUUGCGGCCGCAGAGAAUGGCAUCGAUGCCUGGCUUCGCUAUGCCCCCAUACCUGAGGCAAACAGCUUCAAAGAUUUCGUGCCAUCCACAAUAGUAGUACUCAACGAUUCGCAGAUCAGUCCAGUGUACACUGCCGGCCAAGAGCUCCAGCAAGGCAUAAAUAGCAUCUUGGGUCAGCGAUGUCAAGUGGCCUACGAGGGCAGCGACGACUCUUCGAUCAUUGUGGGUACUGUUGAAGCCUACGCUUCCACCGGAGGCAGUAUCGACGGGCUGCAGGAGCUCAUUGCUGAUGGCUACUACAUCUCCACCUCGGCCGGUGGUGUCUUGAUCCUGGGCGAAAACGAGCGCGGAGCUCUUUACGGCGCCUUUGCUUUCUUGGAGACGCUCGCCACAGGCAAUCUCUCGGCAGGCUCAUAUGCCUCCAACCCCGACGCACCAGUCCGAUGGGUGAAUCAGUGGGACAACAUGAGAGAUGGCGGCACCCACGGCUCGGUCGAACGAGGCUAUGGAGGCAAAUCGAUCUUCUUCUGGGACGGCCAGUACGCCAGGCUCCUCGCCUCGAUCGGCAUCAAUGGGAUUGUGAUCAACAACGUAAACGCUAACGAGACGACAAUCAACGAUACCAACAUCGAGGGAGUGGCUCGUGUCGCGGACGCAUUCCGACCAUACGGCAUCCAGAUUGGGCUCUCGCUCUAUUUUUCCUCGCCAGCCAAUCUGUCCCACCUGGACACCUUCGACCCGCUGAACGAAGAAGUCAUAGCCUGGUGGAACAACAAGACAACCCAAAUCUACAGCCAUAUCCCGGACUUCGCAGGCUACCUCGUCAAAGCCAAUUCCGAAGGCCAGCCUGGACCCCUGACCUACAAUCGCACGCUCGCCGAAGGCGCCAACCUCUUCGCCCGCGCCCUUCAACCCCACGGCGGCACCGUCAUGUUCCGUGCUUUCGUCUACGACUCCAAAACUCUCAACCAGACCACGAACUGGAAAGCCGACCGCGCCAAUGCAGCCGUCGAGUUCUUCGACGGCCUCGACGGAAAAUUCGAAGACAACGUCGUGAUUCAGAUCAAAUAUGGCCCCAUCGACUUCCAAGUCCGCGAGCCCGUUUCACCACUAUUCACCCACCUCGAAAAUACCGCCACCUCAAUUGAGCUACAAAUCACCCAAGAGUACCUCGGCCAACAAGCGCACCUAGUCUACCUUCCACCCAUGUGGCGCGAACUCCUAGACUUCGACCUGCGCGUUGACUCCCAACCCACACCAUUAACCUCCAUCCUUAACGGCUCCCGCUUUGGUACGAAGCGUGCAGGAGGCUACGCCGGCGUCGUCAACGUCGGCACCAACACGACCUGGCUAGGCAGCCACCUCGCCAUGUCGAACCUCUAUGCCUUCGGCAAGACCGCUUGGUAUGGCGCCUCUGCCCCGUCACCUUCAGAGAUAAUCGAUACGUGGACGCGUCUUACUUUCUCCCACGACCCGACCGUCAUCUCCACCAUCAACGCCCUCAGCCUCGCCUCAUGGCCCACCUACGAGAACUAUACCGGCAAUCUGGGCCUGCAGACCCUCACCGAUAUCCUGCUGGGCCACUAUGGCCCCAAUCCGGCCUCUCAGGAUGGGAAUCCUUGGGGACAGUGGACGCGCGCCGAUGGGAAUAGUAUCGGCAUGGAUCGGACUGUGAGCAAUGGGACGGGGUUUGCGGGGCAGUAUCCCACGGAGGUAGCGGAGAUGUAUGAGAGGAUUGAGACGACGCCGGAUGAGUUGAUGUUGUGGUUUCAUCAUGUGGGCUAUACGCAGAAGCUACAUUCGGGGAAAACGGUGUUACAACAUAUCUAUGAUGCGCAUUAUGAGGGCGCGGCGAUGGCGCAGACGUUCCCGGUGCAGUGGGAGGGGUUGAAGGGGCUGGUUGAUGAGGAGAGGUAUGAGCAUGUGUUGUAUCGGUUGAGGUAUCAGGCGGGGCAUAGUCUGGUGUGGAGGGACUCGAUUUGUAAUUUCUACUUCAAUAAGAGUGGGAUUGCGGAUGAGUUGGGGCGCGUGGGGAACUAUAGGUACAGAAUUGAGGCGGAGGAGAUGGAGUUGGUGGAGGGGUACAAGGUGUACCAGGUGAAGCCGUUUGAGGCGGGGAGUGGUGGUGGAUGGGCUAUUGCUACGAUCGCGAAUAACACGAGGGGCGUGGCUGAGGCAAGCUUGGAUGACUUCUUCGAGAAGAGUGGGUUGAGUGAUGGAACGUACGACGUGGCGGUGAACUACUACGAUCAAGCUUUGGGAAACUCGACCUGGGAAUUGUGGCUGAUGGAUGGUAAUGGAGAGGAGGCGCUAGUGGGUGAGUGGAAGGGCGAUCUAGAGUAUAACUUGGGCAGGGCGCCGAGUCCGUAUAUUGAUGGGCAGACGGCGGCGAGGGUGACGUUCAACGGAGUGCAGGUGGGGAGGGAUAUGAAGUUGAGGAUUGUGGGCGUGCCGGAUGGGCUGGAGUCAGCCGCGGUGGAUUAUGUUAGUAUUCUGCCGGAGGGGGUGGUGGACUAG